UCGAUAAUGUCGACGCUGGCAUCGACACCCGCCCACUAUCAACCCGCCAGCGUUCUGAUACAGUUUAGUAGACUGGGACUGUCCUUGACUUUGUGCACUCCCAACUUUUGUUUAUGUCAGCUUACUACGAUACGAUACGGUGAGGAGAAAGGAGCAUGAGAAGCCACCGUGUCGGACUUGAGACGUCAUGGAGAUACCCGCAUCCCCCGCGGACACCGGCGGCAAGACCUGCUCGUCGCUGACGGUGGACGACGUCUACGAGAUAGCCAAAGGUGUCGGCGCCGAGCUCGAGAGGCUCAUCGACGGCCACGGCCAGGAGAGCGUCCUGGGCCUGCUUCCCCGGGUGCUCCGCGUCCUGGAGCUUCUGGAGAGCUUCGCGGCCAGGAACCAGGCGCACAAGCACCGGGAGGAAGAACUGCUCAGGACCUUCGAGAGCCUGCAGCUGCAGCACCGGAGACGCGCGGGCAACGACCACAUCAACGACAGACAUGAGAUUCAGGAGCAGCAACAGAAGGAGCUGCAGUGGAGGAGCAAGUGUGAGGAGCUGCAGGUCCACGUUCAGCAGCUACAGGAGGACAACCAGCAGCUGCAGAGCAGGCUGAAAGGCAACCAUGCACAGGACGACCGAGUGCAGCGGCAGGAGCGAGAAGUAAUGCUGAAGCUGAAGCAGGUGGUGGACAAGCAAAGAGAUGAGCUGAGGGCAAAAGUACAACAGAUCACCACCAUCUCCAAGGAAGUGGAGGCGCUCCAGGAGCAGUUGGACCGCUUCAUGAAGAUGAAUGCGGAGCUGCGGCACAAGCAGAGCGUGCUACAGGCCCAGCUCACGAGCACGGUGGAGAGGAAGGCCGACAUGGAGGCCGACCUGAAAGAGAAAGUCAAAGUGAUCGAGAAGCUGCAAGCACAGAUGGACAGAACCAACAGCAAUAGCCAUGCCAGUCCAAGUCCCAUCGAUAGUCAAACGGAGCCUUCGGCUGACCACAAGGAUCCUGAUCAGCCGUGCUUCACCAAGAAGGAGAUGCGAGACAUCAUUUUUGAGAGGAACGAGCUCAGAACUAACCUCUUCCUGGUGCAAGAAGAGCUCAACUACUAUCAAAGGGAGAUUCUGAACGAGGAACGGUGUCCAGGGUUCCUCAUGGAAGCUGUGCGUUCGGCCAUCACAAAAAAGAGAAAAUUAAUCAAAGCCAAGAUGCUGGGAAUUCCUGUGAAUGACUGCAGCAGCGAUGAAGAAGACAAGAGUCCUCUGACAGAAGUCGAUGGCACUGAAAAACCAGCAGAGUCACGUAUUAGAAACCUCUUUGGCUUCCUGGCGUGGAAGGGCGGCGGCCGUAGCCCCGCCCACAUGAGCAACGCCACGUCCAGCUGGGAGAUCCUCGCCGACUCCGAGGCCAGCGAGGAGCCGCCGCAGCAGCAGAGGUCUUCCUGAGACCGGGACGAAAAAAAAAAAGACAAAUCUGCAAGUGUUUCUCUCACCUCAACCUUUGCUACUUUUACUUCACGCCUGCUGCAAGCCUACUAUGCAAGUGUUCAGACACGUGUGAACGUGUUUUUAAACAAAACACCUUCUUUUUUUAUGCAUUUCAGCCUUUUUAAUCCCCCUCAGAUUUGUAUUUUAUUAUUUUUUUAUUCAGUUAAAAAAAAGUCAAUAGUCAUUAGGAGUGUGAACCUAACGAUUCAAUCAGAUUCCGAUUCCUGGGGAGACGAUUUGAUUCAGAAUUGAUUCUCGAUUCGACACAAUUUUCGAUUCAAAGCGAUUUUUGCAAUGUAUUAUUUGGUAUAAUAAUAAUUAAAACAGGUUACAGGUUAGAAAAGUUCCUUCUGGUUGCAUGGAAAUGUCUUAACUUUUUCAGCUAAUUUUGCACUCUUUUUGUUUAUUGCGCAGACAUACACCUUGCAGACAUGCACGAUAUUGCCAAAAGUAUUUGGCCGCCUGCCUUUGCUGACAUAUAAACAAGUUAAAAUUUAAAGUACCAAUGAUUGUCACAAACACACUAGGUGUGGUGAAAUUUGUCGUCUGCAUUUGACCCAUCCCCUUGUUAACCCCCUGGGAGGUUAGAGGAGCAGUGGGCAGCAGCGGUGGCCGCGCCCGGGAAUCAUUUUUGGCGAUUUAACCCCAAAUUCCAACCCUUGAUGCUGAGUGCCAAGCAGGGAGGUAAUGGGUCCCAUUUUUAUAGUCUUUGGUAUGACUCGGCCGGGGUUUGAACUCACAACCUGCCGAUCUCAGGGCGGACACUCUAACCCAGGCCUGGGCAAUUAUUUUGACUUGGGGGCCACAUUUAGAGAAAAAAAUGUGUUUGGGGGCCGGUAUAUCUAUUUUUGUGAACACUAAUACAAAACCUCACAAUAAUCUCUAAAUCAAUGCUAAAAGCGUUUUUGACAGACCGCCUUAAAAAACAUAAUGGAAUUAAAAAAUUUUCUAUGAAGGAUAAAAAACUAAAUAUUGACAAAAUAUGACGUCACACCCCCUUUCGAUCGACAAUUUUUUUUACAAUCAAGUGAAACGCAAAAAAAAGUGAAAUAUGAAUGCGAAGGGUACAAAAUAAACCCACUUACAAUCUGAUAUAUCUGAUACAUCACUAAGCUUUAGAACUUUGUUGUGAAAAUCUCUUUCCGCGUCUGUGGAAACGCUCCCCACCCACACUGCUUGGUGCCUCGUCUGAGCUGCCGUGACUUACAUUACCAUAGUAACUAAUUAGAUGAUCAUAGUAACUAAUUAGAUUACCAUAGUAACUAGUAUAUCAUCCAUAAGCGUGUUGUUCAAAACUUACGGUCGUUAGAAAACAUGACUGCACAUCAUAAUGGCAGCUCCACUUUCCAUCUUAAAGAUCUCAAAAAAAUUAUUUGGGAAUGUCCGGCGGGCCAGAUUGAAAAGCUCAACGGGCCGCAUAUGGCCCCUGGGCCUUAAUUUGCCCAGGUCUGGUCUAACCACUUUGCUCACAUAUGAACUUGGAGUGCCAUCCCAUGGAAUUGUCCAAAAUGUUUUGGUAUCCUGGAGCAUUCAAAGUUCCUUUCCCUGGGACUAAGGGGCCAAGCCCAACUCCUGAAAACCAACCCCACACCAUAAUUCCUCCUCUCCCAAAUUUCACACUGGGCACAAUUCCGUUCAAAAUGUAGCAUUCUCCUGGCAACCUCCAAACCCAGACUGGUCCAUCAGAUUGCCAGAUGAAAAAGCGUGACUCAUCAGUCCAGAGAAGGCGUCUCCACUGCUCUAGAGUCCAGUGGCGACGUGCUUUACACCACUGCAUCCCACGCUUUGCAUUGGACUUGUUGAUGUAUGGCUUAGAUGCAGUUGCACGGCCAUGGAAAGCCAUUCCAUGAAGCUCUCUGCGUACUGCACGUGGGCUAAUUGGAUGGUCACAUGAAGUUUGGAGCUCUAUACUAACUGACUUUCCAGAAAGUCUUUGCACUAUGUGCUUCAGCAUCCGCUGACUCCUCUCUGUCAGUUUGCGUGGCCUACCACUUGGUGGCUGAAUUGCUGUUGUUCCCCAAAUCUUCCAUUUUCUUAUAAUAAAGCGUACAGUUGACUUUGGAAUAUUUAGGAGCGAGGAAAUUUCACGACUGUAUUUGUUGCACAGGUAGCCGCAUCCUAUGACAGUUCCACGCUGGAAAUCUCAGAAAUCAACUUCCUUUCACAAAUGUUCAUAGAAACAGUCUCCAUGCCCAAGUGCUUGACUUUAUACACCGGGCCAAGUGAUUAGGACACCUGAUUCUUAUUAUUUGGAAAGGUGGCCAAAUACUUUUGGCAAUAUAGUGUAUAACUCGGUGUAUGACACAUGCUAACUGUUAACAUGCCAAUGUUAGCACGCUAACUUUUUCAGCUAAUUUUGCAACUCAACCCCAGACAUAUUAUAUAUUGGCAUGUGACACAUGCUAACUUUAUAUUUUUGCAAAUUUUCCAACUGUUCAAUAAAACUUGGUAUGUGACACGCUAACCGUUAGCAUGCUAAUAUUAACAUGCAAAUUUUUUAAGAAAAUGUCGCAAUCGCUUACACCAGAGACAUGUAACUUGGUGUAUGACACAUGCAAAUGUUAGCAUGCAAAAUGUUUUAGUUAAUUUUGUAACCGUUGAACCUAGAGUCAUACAACUUCAUACUUGAAACAUGCUAACUGUUCUCAUGUUAACCACGGUAUGCUAUCAUGCUAACUUGUUUUGCUAAUUUUUUGUCAGAAAUACACCUUUGAGUCAUUACCAUACUUGCCAACCGUCCCGAUUUUUUCGGGAGACUCCCGAAUUUCAGUGCCCCUCCCGAAAAUCUCCCGGGGCAACCAUUCUUCCGAAUUUCUCCCGAUUUCCACCCGGACAACAAUAUUGGGGGCGUGCCUUAAAGGCACUGCCUUUAGCGCCCUCUACAACCUAUCGUCAAUUCCACUUUUCCUCCAUACAAACAGCGUCACAUUAUAAAUGCGGCUUUUGCAGACACACACAAGUGAAUGCAAGCCAUACUUGGUCAACAGCCAUACAGGUAUCACUGAGGGUGGUCGUAUAAACAACUUUAACACUGUUACAAAUACGAAUGACAAACACAUUUCGGGAGAAACACCGUAACACAACAUAAACUCAACAGAACAAAUACCCAGAAUCCCUUGCAGCACUAACUCUACCUCCAAACCCCGCCCACCUCAACCCUGCCCCCCCUCCCUAUCUCCCGAAUUCGGAGAUCUCAAGGUUGGCAAGUAUGGUCAUUACACUUAUUACCUGAUACCUGUUAACAGCGCGCAUGCAAACAGUUAGCAUUUCAGUUCGACUCGCACGUUUUUGCGGUGGCAUUCACGCGCAAUUCUUACCGAAAUUGCACAGAUUCUUGUUAAAAAUCGGUUCUUAUGAAAAAAAAUAUUUUUGGGAAAUUUUUACUCAUUUCAGAUGACAAUCGCAAUUCAGAUGUGAAUUAAUUUUCUACAGAGUAGUUAUUUUAACUGAAAAAAGUUAUACAUCAUCUAUAUUUAUCAAUCCUUUAUUUUUUUAAAAGCCAAAGAAUAACACAGAAGUAUUUGGGAGUGAGUAGUGAACCUGUAUAAAAAAGCACAUCUGUUCCUUUUAUCGUUCAAUCAUUAAAUCAAUGUUUACUUAUAUAGCCCUAAAUCACGAGCGUCUCAAAGGGCUGCACAAGCCACGACGAUAAAUAAUCAUAGCAAUUUAACCACAAAUCUGUCAUGGUAACUUUGAAUGCAAUUAUAUGAAUUUGAAUCGAAUUUGAGUUGAGGUCGCAAACCGGAAGUAGAAUUGUAAUUCCAUGAAAUUAAAUUCAAACUCUUCGAAUUAAUGAAAAAUUCCAAAUGUGUGGUUUUCCACAAGCCUGGUAUAAAAAGGAUGACAAGGUGUUAGCAUUCUUUAAGCAGUCCGUGCACACUAACCCCAUGAGCCUGAAACUAUCGCUUGAAUUUAGGCGAAUUAUGUAUCGAAAGUAAUAAUUACAUGAGGAAAAAAAAAGGCGUUUUCUGAGCGUUGUGGCUGACUAAACUUGUAUUUUUAACGUGGAUGACCUCAUAACCAUGUGCAUAUAUUAAGAUAUAUUUUGCAUACUGUUUGCUUUUAGCUCGGCUCUUUAAUUUGGGAAAUGAGCCAAAGUAGUUUUGGUUGGCCACAACAUGCUCAGUCACUGUUGUUUUAAGAAAGGGGUUGAGGGGACAUGAUCUUGAUCCAUUUAGUUCUCCCUAAAGUACUGUUGCAGUUUAUUUUUGUAAGCUUGAAUUCUGUUUAUGACAACAAAAAAUAAAGACGGAUGCAAAUGUGUCCCAAAAAAAAAUGA